AUGUCUACUCAUAAUCAAAUCAAUUAUUGUUUAGACAAAAAUCAGAUACAUAUCGAUUAUACAACAUUAACACCACGUUUUUCCGUAACGAAUAAUGAAAGUCUCAACGAUGGUAUCGUUCAUUUAAAUGAGCACGGUUAUGCUAUAUUUAGUGAUGUUAUGUUGCAAAAUGAGAUUAAUAUUAAUAAAGAUUUAUUAUGGAAUUUUUUCGAGAACAUUCCUGGGUAUCAUAUUCAACGUCAUGAUCCAACAACAUGGUCAAAGAAUUGGCCUGGCAAUGGUUUGUUCGGUAUAAUUAAUGAUUGUGGUAUUGGACAAUCUGAUUUCAUGUGGAAUGUUCGUUCAAAUCGAAAUAUAAAACGGGUCUAUUCUCAAAUAUGGACUACAAAUGAAUUGCUAGUUUCCUUUGAUGGUUGUGGCGUUUUUCGUAAUUGGCAUUAUGAACCGAAAUGGAAAACAACGACAGGCUGGUAUCAUGCCGAUCAAAAUCCUGAUUUAAAACCUGAUCGAUGCUGUGUACAAGGUUUCGUUUCAUUAACUGAUCAAAAUGAAACAACCGGCGGCCUCAUUGUUUUUCCCUAUACACAUUUACGUUUUCAUGAACUAAAAAAUCAAGCACGUCGUCCAAACGAUUUCGUUGCAGUUCCAAGUACUCAUUCGAUUCUCGAUCGAGGAAAAGCAGUAGGAAAAUUCAUUCAAUGUCAAUCCGGCGAUCUCGUUCUGUGGGAUUCUCGUCUUAUACAUUGUAAUUCGUGCGCGUUUGUUUCUGAUGAACAAUUAAGAAGUCGUCCAACGGAUCUGUUACGUGUUGUUGCCUAUGUUAGUAUGAGUCCAGCAUCAUUCGUACGCAAUCAAACCUUAGAUCAAUUUCGAAAGAAAAGAAAAUUAUUAGUACAAAAUAAUUGUACAUUAACACAUUGGAGUACUGAAUUAACAGAAUCGAGUUCCUAUGAAAAUCUGCCUAAAGUGCCCUUAGAAAAACUUGAUGCAUAUCAACGUGCACUUAUCAUUGGCACUAAUAUUGAUGAUGAAUAA